AUGGAGUCAAUAUUUAUUAUUUUUCAUGUGGCAAUGGCCAUCAUCAAUUCAUAUACUGCACAAGAGACUUGUAGUCUGCGUGGAGAGCCUGUAUACCCACAGCUAUGGAAGAAUGGUGAUAUAUUAGUUGGAGCAAUUUUCCCCUUCCAUUUUAAAUGGGAGAUCACAGACUUGUCCUAUUUGGUUACGCCACCUGUGAAGUGCACAAGUAUGGAAUUCAGAGCUUUCCAGUACUCGCAGACCUUGAUCUAUGCAAUAGAGGAGAUCAACAACAGUUCGUCUUUACUGCCUGGAGUCUCAUUGGGCUAUAAGAUCUUUGAUACUUGUGGUUCUGCAGCACAGGGGAUCAAAGUAGCAAUGACGCUUGUGAAUGGAAAUGAGAACUCAGCUUCGGAUCAGACCUGCACAAAGCCAGCUCAUGUGCAAGCCAUAAUAGGAGAGACAUAUUCAUCAGUGUCCAUGGCUAUAGCAAAGAGUAUUGGACCUUUCAGCAUCCCCUUAAUAAGUUACUAUUCUACCUGUGAGUGUCUGAGUGAUAAAAGGAAAUAUCCCUCAUUCCUGCGCACUAUUCCCAGUGAUUAUUACCAGACCAUAGCACUUGCAGAGAUGGUCAAAAACUUUGGCUGGACCUGGGUGGGAGCAAUAAUAAGAGAUGAUGACUAUGGUAACAGUGGAAUGGCUGCAUUUAUUAAAAUUGCAGAACAACUGGGUAUAUGUGUAGAAUAUUCCCUUCCAUUUUUUAGAACAUACUCAAAAGAAAGAGUCUUGAGAAUUGUUGAGCAAAUUAAAAGCGCUACUUCUCGAGUGAUAGUGGGAUUUGUCACUCCCCGGGAAUUUGAGAUUUUACUUCAAGUAUUUGCUGAACACAACAUCACUGGAUAUCAGUGGGUGGGAACCGAGGGAUGGAUUGCUGAUCCAGUAGCAGCCACAUUGGAUAAGUACAAUAUAUUGCAAGGAGCCAUAGGGCUAGCUAUUCCCAAAACAACUGUAACAGGCCUGAAGGAUUUCAUUCUAGAUGUAAAACCACUGAAAUCAGUAGGCAGUGCCAUUUUUACAAAAUUCUGGGAGGCUUUGUUUACCUGUACAUAUAGAGGACAGAAUAAUUCAGUGGGCAUGCCAAUCUGCACAGGUGAAGAGAAACUGUCUGAAGUGAAAAACACCUUCACUGACAUGUCCAUGAUGCCCAUUUUCAAUAAUGUAUAUAAAGGAGUUUAUGCCAUUGCUCAUACACUCCAUGAACUUCUUGGCUGCAAACAAACAUGUCCUACAAAGACGCAGCCUGAUCCUUUCACAUUUCUAGAACACCUGAAAAAAGUGUGUUUUAAGACAAAAGAUGGCGAAGAUGUUUACUUUGAUGAAAAUGGUGAUCCUCCUGCAAAAUAUGAAAUAAUAAACUGGCAAAAAAUUAAAGAAAGUCAGUAUGAAUUUGUUACAGUUGGACUUUAUGACUCCUCAGUUCCUGGUAAGAAUCGAUUAGCAGUAAAUAUGGCCUCAAUUGUCUGGGCACAAAAUACAAAUCAAGUGCCAAAAUCUGUAUGUAGUGAGAGUUGCCCACCUGGAACAAGGAAAGCUGUGCAGAAAGGAAAGCCCAUCUGCUGUUUCGACUGCAUACCAUGUGCUGCUGGAGAGAUCAGUAAUAUGUCAGAUUCAGUUGAAUGUGAACGGUGCCAGCAAGAUUACUGGUCAAAUGCAGACAAGAAUAAAUGUGUAAAGAAGGAAGUUGAAUAUUUGUCCUAUCAGGAAACAAUGGGAAUUUUGCUAACAGUGGUUUCUAUUGUUGGUUCACUGAUGACAAUAGUAAUAGCAUUUAUAUUUUUAAAAUAUAAAAACACACCAAUAGUAAAAGCCAACAACUCUGAACUGAGCUUCCUGCUGCUUGUCUCGCUGGCUCUGUGUUUCCUUUGUUCACUUACUUUUAUUGGUCAGCCCUCUGAGUGGUCCUGUAUGGUGCGUCACACAAUGUUUGGGAUCACCUUCGUCCUUUGCAUCUCUUGUGUACUGGGGAAAACCAUAGUGGUACUAAUGGCUUUCAGAGCUACACUUCCAGGCAGUAAUGUAAUGAAAUGGUUUGGGCCUCCGCAGCAGAGACUCAGUGUACUUUUUUUCACUCUCAUACAGGUUCUUAUUUGUGUGCUUUGGUUGACAAUAUCCCCUCCUUUCCCCUUCAAAAAUCUAACGCACUAUAAGGAAAAGAUCAUUCUUGAAUGCAAUUUGGGCUCAAACUUAGGUUUCUGGGCUGUGCUGGGUUACAUAGGACUUUUAGCAUUUUUAUGUUUUAUUUUAGCUUUUCUAGCUCGGACGCUUCCAGAUAAUUUUAAUGAAGCUAAAUUCAUAACAUUCAGCAUGGUAAUGUUCUGUGCAGUUUGGAUUGCUUUUAUACCUGCUUAUGUCAGUUCACCUGGAAAAUUUACAGUAGCUGUAGAGAUAUUUGCUAUUUUAGCAUCAAGCUUUGGUUUAUUAUUCUCUAUCUUUCUUCCAAAGUGUUACAUAAUCAUGUUGAAGCCAGAGAAAAACACUAAAAAGCAAAUCAUGGGAAAGGUGCCAGUUCAAUAA